AGUAGGCUAUUUAAUGGAAUAAUCGUGUCAUUGGAAUUUGUUUUCUCUACCGAUAAAAUAAAUAAUCGAAUUGCUCAUUAUUUUUGACAGGGUAAAAAUAAGGAUUAUGGUCAAAUGGAAAGUGGAGUUGGUAGUAGGCCUACUGUAAGUCAAAAUAUAUAAGAAGGAGAGAACAUGAGUUUCUCUUGUUAAUAUUGGAUAAGUUCUGUAGCCUAUUUCGAAGUUUUAAAAAAAUUAACAUGUUUCAGGUGGAGAGGUGCCUCUGUAUUAUCCUUUUCAUAACAUCCUUAGUUUGUAGCGAAGACUAUAAGGUGAGAUCAAUCAGUAAAACACAGUACGGUUGGGGACAUUCGCCUUACUGGGAUGUGAAGAGUCAAACUUUGUACUUUGUCGAUAUCUAUGGAGGAUCAGUGAUCAGCUACAAACCGUCCACCAGGGAACGGUUCACAGCCAAAAUCGUGGAUGGACCUAAUGCAACAACUGGCUUGAUAAUACCAUACGAAGGAAUGGAUGAUAAAUUUGUUGUUGGUGUGAAUAGCAGUGUGGCGAAUAUAACAUGGGAUGGCAGAAGCAAUACAGCCAGCACACCAUCUGUCAUUGCAGAGCUCACCACCAACAAGACACUUCACUCCCACACUGGCAAAGCUGAUCCGAAGGGCCGGCUUUGGAUCGGUACUAUUGCACAGUUCUACAAGAAUUCAGCCGGUGGUAAUGUAAUACCGUUGAACCAGGGAGCAGAGUACAUGCUCUCCGCUACUGGCAAAGUGAUAGAAAGAAUUCCAAAUAUUACUGCACCUGAAGGACUAGUCUGGAGCACCAACAAGACUUUAAUGUACUUUGCUAAUUGUUAUGAGAACAAAAUACAACUCUAUGAUUACGAUAACGAGUCUGGAGAUAUAUCUAACAUGAGGGUGAUUUUCGAUGGGAAGAAACAAAACGUAGGAGGGCUUGCAGCUGGUAUGGUAAUGGACACAGAGGGCAAAAUAUGGGUCGCUCAAUUCCUCAAUGGAACGGUGAUACGAAUCGACGCAGAUUCUGGAAAAGUUCUUCGUACAUUGAAACUUCCAGCCACACAGUUGACGAAUCUGGUAUUUGGCGGUGAGAAUCUGGAUGUGCUCUACGUUACUAGUUCACAGUUGGACAAAGGCUAUAUUCAAUUAAAUGAAUACGAAGGACGAACUUUUGCUAUCACUGGAUUGAUGAGCUCUGGAAAACCAGUUACUGGAUACCCUGGACAAAGAAUAGUUGCAAUUAUAAACAGUCAAGAUAACUCAGUCAAUCUGCUAAAUAAACCAGUGGAAAUUUCUGCAAUUCACCAUAAUUUUAUCAUAUUAAUCCAGUUUAGGCUACAACUCUUUUCUUCAUUUGAACAUUUUAAAGCCGUGGUUAUGAUGUUUCAGGUGGAGAAGAUUUUAUUCUUAAUUCUACUCAUAUCGACUUCGGUUUAUGGAGAUGAUGAUGAUGCUGACGACGAUAAAGAUAUCAAGAUAGAAUCAAUCAGUGAUAAGCAGUUCACCUGGGCUCAUUGUCCUUUCUGGGACGAGACAACUCAGACAUUGUACUUUACUGACAUAAUUGGUGGAUCAGUGAACAGCUAUAAGCCGUCCUCUAAAGAGAUUCACACAGCUAAAUUAGUCAAUGAAGAACAUGCUACAGUUAGUGUAAUCAUUCCCUUCGAAAAUGAGAUGAACACAUUUGUUGUAAGUGUGAAAAAUACAGUGAGGAAAUUGACUUGGGAUGGCGAGAGUGAUAGUCCUGAGAAGCUGGAUUUUAUCAGAAAUGUGACUGACAAUGCAACACUUUACACCCACAAUGGAAGAGCCGAUCCAAUGGGCCGUUUAUGGAUAGGUACACUCGGUCCUUUCCAGAGAGAUUCCAACAAUGUUCCAAUACCUGAUUACAACGCUGGUGCAGUCAGCAUGAUAGAUCUUGAGGGAGAGGUAACCGUGAAAAUUGCCAACGUUUCAAUACCUGACGGUCUAGCCUGGAGUUCAGACAAAACAAAACUUUUCUUCGCUAACGCAUGGGAACACGAAGUGGUCGCCUACGAUUAUGAUGACACCACGGGUGACAUUUCUGACAGGAGAGUUAUUUUCAACACAAAAGAGAAUGACAUCGAUGGUUUACCUUCUGGGUUGGCAAUGGAUUCUGAAGAGAAAUUAUGGGUGACCCUGUUCUUCAACGGAACGAUUAUCAGAAUUGAUCCGGAGAGCGGCACACUUCUCAAGAGAAUAAGUUUGCCAGCACUUGAGCUGUCGAAUUUGUGUUUCGGUGGAGAAAGUCUCGACACCCUCUACGUAACAUCAGGCCAGAUCCUGCAAGAUGUAUCCCCGCCAACUGAGUACAGCGGACGCGUUUUCGCUGUCAAUGGCUUGAUGAGCUCUGGUAAACCGAUUACUGGAUACCCGGGUCGCAAAAUUGUUGCUAUUUGAAUUCAAAUUUUUAGAAAAAUGUUUUAUAAUUUUACCACAGAUAAGAUUUGUAUUUCACAAUAUCUACUGUAGGCCUAAUAGUUGUAUAAGUACCGUACGGGAUAUGUACUGUACCAUUAUUAAUUUUAUGGAAAAUAUUAUUAACUAUGUAGUUCUGUGAACAGUA